AAAGGAAUACGAUGGGAAAUCGAUGACAUCGAUAUCGGAGUUGAUUUACAGCCAAAGCUACCAACACAAUUCCAAAGCAUGUCCAAUGAGAUUGGGACUGAUGGGAUGAUUUUGACAUUAACUACAUUACAACAUGGUAAUGUGUUACCACGACAAUCACUUCCGGGAAUUUUUCAGCAUACCAAAAAUCAAUUACAAGAAGAAUGCAAGGCUCUAUUUCUUCGAACAAGAAAUAAUUCAACUGACUUAUACAAAGAGUUAAUUAUACGCAUGUGUAAUAUCUCUAAAACUGAUGAUAGAUUAGGUUCACUGGUUAAAGAUGUAGGUAGUUGGUACAACAUGUACUGUUACAGAUUGCAUGCUGCCAUUGUGAAGCUCACGACUGGAUUCUUAUCAACACAUAAAAGAGAACCGUAUAAUGAAAUAGAUGCAUAUAUCACCGAUGAAGUUUGGAAACAGAUGCUUCUGAUGUACUUAAAGGCAACUGAUCAACUGAAGCUGAGGAAGGAUCAAUUAAUUGUUACCAAACUUGGCAUCAUCAUACUAAUGGUCACUAAAAAGGUCUUGAUAGCCAUGAUAACGAGAAAAUAUACACAACAGGUUAUUAAAACGUGA